UCCCCGGGGGUGUCCCCAAGCCGCGGUGCCACCGCCACACGUGUCCCGUGCGGUGACCCUGGUGCCGCCUGUCGCUUUCCCCACGGACGGGUGACAGCGGGGGCCGCCCCGAGAGACCCCCCCCCACCCCGGCUUUGGGGGUGACCCCAACAUCGCGCUGUCCCCCCCCAGCUGCUGCCGCGGGAUCCGGCCCCAUGAGCCGCCCUGCGCUCCUCCUGGCCGUGCUGGGGCUGCUGCUUCUGGGGGUCGGGGGGGCUCCGGGGACCGCGGGGACCCCGGCGCUGCUCCCCGAGGACGCGGCGCAGGAGCACGGCUACUACCUGCGGCAGCUCUUCGGUCAGUACGGGCAGAACGGGACGCUGCCCUUCGAGGGGCUGGCGCGGCUGCUGGGCAGCCUGGGGCUGGGCAGGGUGCAGGUGGUCCAGAUCCAGCACGAGGAGCUGGGCCACGGCCACGUCAGCCACCUGGACCUGCUGGAGGUGCAGGAGGACAAGCACCGGCACCGGCACCCGCUGUGGGAGCACGGCGGGGAUGCGGCUCCGAGCACCGGCGGACCCCUCAGCCCCCCGCCUUCCCAGACGCCGAGCUGGCCCGAGCCGGUGCCCGCCGAGCCCCCCGGGGCUGCGGGGGUCCCCCGGCAGUACCAGCCCACCCUCAGCCUGCUGGGGAGGGUGCUGGGCUUGGAGCACUCCAGCGACCACCCGCACCACGAUUGCCUGAACGUGACCCAGCUGCUGGUGAAUUUCGGGCUGGACCCGGUGGCGCAGCUGACACCGGAGCAGUUCACGCUGCUGUGCCCGGCGCUGCUCUACCAGAUCGACAGCCGCGUCUGCAUCCGGCACCGCGAUGAGGUGACGCUGCCUCCCCCGGGGGGGACCCUGUGGCCAGCGCUGGGCUGGGCGCUCCUGGCCGUGCUCUCCGUGAGCCUCCCGUCCGCGCUGGCCGUGCUGCUGCUCCCGCUGCGGGCCCGCGGCUCCUUCCGCUCGCUCCUCGCCUUCCUGGUGGCCCUGGCCGUGGGGACGCUCUGCGGGGACGCCCUGCUGCACCUCUGGCCGCACGCGCAGGGCAAGCACCCGGAGGCUCCGGGGGAACCGAGCCCCGCGGUGCUGCAGGGGCUGGCGGUGCUGGGGGGCAUCUACCUGCUCUUCGUGCUGGAGCUGCUCCUGGGGAUGCUGCGGAGCCGGCGGGAGGCCACGGGACACCCCCAUGGAGAGACCCCCGCACCGUCACCGGCAGGGACCGAGCUGCGGCACCUGACGGCGCCGGAGGCGGAGCUGGAGCUGAGACCCCCCGAGCCCUCCCGGGGACCCCCCCACGGACACUCCCACGGCCCCGCGCUGCCCCCCGGGCCCGGGGCCGCCGACAUCGUGUGGAUGGUGGUGCUGGGGGACGGCGUCCACAACCUGACGGACGGGCUGGCCAUCGGAGCCGCCUUCUCGCACGGCCUCUCCAGCGGGCUCAGCACAGCGCUGGCCGUGCUCUGCCACGAGCUGCCCCACGAGCUCGGUGAUUGUCCGCUCCCCGAGGCGCUGCGGGGCUCCGGCGAGGGCACCUGGAGCCGCUUCGUGCUGCAGAACGCGGGGUUCCUGCUGGGCGCUGGCAUCAUGCUGGGCAUCGCCCUGGCCGAGGGGCACCUCCGCUCCUGGCUGCAGCCCUGA